GUGCGUCCACCUCAACCACCUCCACUCCCACCACUUCGUAUCCGUCAUCGAACUCAACCUCAUCCUCCACCACCUCCACUUGUUCUUCGUGAAAGACCACCAAUACCACCACCAGUGAUUGCAUCUCAAACAGUUACUCGUUAUUUGCCCGUUGUACCGAUUCCACCACGAUCAGUCAUUAUCGAACGUCUCCCACCCGCUCCACCAAGACCACGUGACAUCGUCAUUGAACGUUGGAUUCAAUAUGGACCUCAAGCUAGACGACGUACUAUUGUUCAACGUGCUCCUCUUCCACCACCAUACCCGGCUCCACGAAAUGUUGUCAUCCAAUAUGACCAAGCUCAAGUUCGCGUUGUCCGUCAAUUCCAUCGUCUUGGUGUUGUUCAAGCUAACCCAGCUCUUUAUGUUCAAACAUAUGGUGCUCAUCUACUUGAUGGUGCUUCACUUGUUGCACAAGCUCGUGCUGCUGGUGUUGUUGAAAAUAUCUCAGCCCCAGGUGGUAUAGCUGUUGAUCAGACAGCUAGUGCAUAUGGCGAAGAAUCAUUUGAUGCUCCAUUAGGUUUGGAGGCUGGUACUGGUCUUGUUGCUGGAGAUGCUGAGGCUGUUGAUGCUGGUCUUGCUCUCGGUGGUAGGCUCAGUUCAUCCUCAUCGUACGCAGCAUUAACCUUCUCGUCAGAAGAUGUUGCCGAUUGGGAAGGGGGUCGCUUUGUUGAUGAUCUAGGUGCUGGUUAUGGUGAUUCAUCAUUGAUAGCAUCAAACAUCUCAUCUAAUGGGACUACUCGUUUUGAUGAUGCUUUCCAUGCUGCUGAUACUAAUUAUGAUGGUGUCUUUGAUCAAGAUGAAUAUUGCAGAUUCAUCAGUAAACAUGUUGGAGGAGUCAAUGGUCAACUAUCAUAUGAAACAUACAACUGA